GAAUAUGUCCUUUUGAUGAGUCCUGGCCAGAGGGCUUUCAUAAGGACACGGAUGGACUGAGUUGUAAAUGGAGCGUGAAGAGUCCUGUCAGGGCGGCGCCUGUUAUUUCACUCGAACGGUUGAUGUUCUGACAAAGUUUUGAUGUUUUAACCGAAAGAAAGUUGUACCAAGACGUGACGUCGACAGUGAGGACUGACUCUCUUCCUCAGCCUGCACACGCAGUCACUGCGCUCAGACAAGGAGCGCCCAGGUAUCUGAAGCCCCCACCUGCCCUUUUAAUUCAAGGGGUCCAAACAGUGGGUGGGCAGCACCACCAGAUGCUAGUCUCCUCCCGUGUUCAGCUGCAAAGAGCUCUCAUCAAUGAGGGUGAUCAGAGAGUCCACAUACUGGCGAUAUGUUGACAAGGAAUUCACAUCAGUCAGGUGAAAACUGAUUAUUCACAAACAUUGUUUACAAGAAAAAGAAUCAUUUGUUCACAAAAUGGUCAGAUCUCCAUCUGCCUCGCUAGUUUGACAUGUUUGCAUCAUCCUUUCGACUGAAUGUGGUCGGACUUUAUAUCCUCAACACGGCCGCCGGAUCAUGUUCUAUAUUGUCUUCAGUUUCUGACACGUCCUCUUCUUCAUCUUCAUCCUCAUCAGUGUCUUCUUCCAGAAUGCAGUCAGGAGCUUCUUCCAGAGUGACUCGUUUCCAUCUGAAGCCGCUUCAUCAAUCUCAUCCAUUAUUGAAUUAAUUGGUUUCAAACUGCAGAAAUGCUUCAUGCAACAUGUUUAGAAAAGAGCUUCACUUCGCUUGAAAACAUUCUUUGCUGACACUUUAAAAGUGAAAACUGUUGGAAACCACGAAAACAGGGAACUUUACAACUUCUCCUUUUCCUGGAAGACAGUAACAGUAAAACAAUGAUGUAACUUUAGUGGUGAAGAAGAAAACUGGACAGACAGCUGAAGACAAAGAUCAGAUCCAUCAGUUCUUCUGCAGGAUCCUUUCAGCUGGAAGAAGACGACGAUCUUUGCUCAAAACUGUAACUUCCAGGUUCUGAGAGACUCAGCUGACACCAUCAUAACCUUGAUCGUCACUGUUAUGGAGAUGAAGAUGUUGUUUUCCGUCCUCCUCUGGACUGCUGGACAUUGUGAAGUCAGAGAUCUGUCUGGGAAGCAGUUCUCUUUUCCCAAUGACCCCAAAGGUGUAAACAUGCCCCACGUUGUUCUUCAUGCCAAAACCACUUCCAUCUCCACCAUGACUGUCUGCCUUCGCUUCUUCUCCCAGCUGAACCGGAAUCAGGGACUCUUCUCUUUGGCAACCCGUGUCCACGAGAACGCUCUGAUGCUAAGCAAGGACGCACGGGGAUCAUACAAGGUCCACGUAGGCAGCGAUUCCUACGUCUACUUAAAACUCCCGACCAACCAGCUGGACUGGAAUUCGGUCUGCUGGACCUGGGACUCCCCGACCGGGCUGACCCAGCUGUGGCUGAACGGACUUCGUACCUCCCAAAAGUUGGUGGGAAUAAACCAGGUAAUAACAGGUAAUGUGAGCAUCAUCAUCGGACAGGAGCAGGACGAAUUUCAAGGUGGUUUCAAAACGGACGACUCGUUUGAAGGGGACAUUACUGACCUUCACAUGUGGGACCACGUCGUGUCUGCAUGUGACAUCAGAUCCUACAUGAAUCAGGAUUCCUUCGAUCCCGGGAACCUUCUCAACUGGAACAACCUGAACUACACGGUCUCAGGGAAAGUCUUCAUCCAGGAUGCUGACUUUAAGGAACCAUACUGUCAGUAAUGUGUACUUUAUAUGGAUGCUGAGGUUGACAUUUUGCAGCUUCUCAUUUUUAUUUGCUGAUCAUCAGUUUUUAGCAAAAUGACAGAUUUUAUCAGCUUUAGCUUGCUAGUUAACUCAAUGGCUUGUGGGAACCUCAGCGUCUUUCUAAGUCUGCCUUCUUGUUUGUACUUGUUCUCUUGGCCUAAAUACUGUCCCUAGUCAAAGUCCACAUUUACGUCAAUAAAAAACUGAAAACUUACAAAUGUCCUGAAGUGCUCACACAGCCACAAAAUAACAAUGAAUCAAUGUCAAAAAGAGAUCACAGCAAUGACUGAACAAGUUUGUUAGUUUGUUAAGCCCGCCUCCCCAUGCUCAUGUUAAGCAGUUAUGACUUUUACCAUGUUUACCAUCUUAGUUUAGAAUG